UUGGAUAAAUGAAUAAUCGAUUAAGUUAGAAUUAAUGAUCGAUCAAUUAGUACGAAACUCUUCUCUUGUGGUGCCUUUCCGUCGCACUUCUUCCGGUCGUUCAAUUUCUUCGGACUAUCAAGGGGCGUCCAUAUAGACGCGACAGCUCGGAGCGGAGGACGCGACACUUUUGUUUCUCGAUACUCGUCCUCGAGGGGUCUUGGGCGAACUCUAGGGAUUUUUUUUUUCUGUAAGUUUUGCUCAUGUGAAAAAUGUGAAAAGUGAAAUCUUCAACUCCGUGUCCCUCCCCUCCGUUACCUCCUUGUUGUGUCACGUGGGGAGGUACCCACUCCUCGCCCCCCCCCAUAGAUCCCCUUCACUUUCCGCCCUUUAGACUCAUGUAAACAUAAUUCAUGAAAAAGUUUGACUCCUUCACGUUAUUUUCACAUUUGCAAAAGUCACAUAACGGAAUCCCCCUCAAGGUCCAGGUUCGCCAGACUUACUGGCUGCGAGUUUCGACCCUUAUCUCUAUGGCGACAAGCGUAAAAGUCCCUAGGAUGCCCGCAAUCCUAUUUCUCGGCUCGUUCGCUUCCGAUGGCUGAUGCGUGUGGGAGACACGUGGAAAAGACAAAUACGAGUGAAACGAAUGAGAGUGAGAGAGAUAGAGAGAGGCGAGAGAGAAAUCGCGUGUCGUCAGUGAGUCGCGUAGACCUUCGUACUUUUAUAAGUUUUCUACUCUUCGACUUUAGCUAGAGACUCUAGGCCUUUUAGGCGAUAUUAAUGGAAUUAAGAGAAAUUUCAUGCGGCGACAGACAACCGUAUCGCGACGCCAGGUCACGAAGCCCGGCGUAUUUUUCUAACGUGGAACAAACCUGCUCCAUCUUCCAUAUGUACCUUAAUUUUAACCCUCUUCCUUGCUCCCCCCCCUCGAUUCGUCCAAUCCCCUAGGGAAUUCCACCCUCUUGCACUUUUCGUCACUUCCUGUCAUCAGCGUACUUUCUCUCAACAGCCUUUAAAUAACCUUGAUCCAUUUUUAUCCUCGUAUCCACCCCACCGUCACCACCCCUCCCUCCCCCUCGUUCUGCUUGGUGCCAAAGAAGUCCAAAGUGCUCUAGAAAGCGGCACAGAGGGUGGGCCGUAACGGCGCUUGAAACCUCCCUUUCGCGUUAAGGGUGGCUUCCCUGAGGAACGACGAUUGUCAUAAGGAUGUUCACAUUGGGUUGUUUUUACGAAUACCGUUUCUUAGGGAGAGCAAGUGUUGACUACCUUAUUAAGAGAGACGAAACUCGUACUUAUAGAAGUAAUGAUAAGCGAUCGUUAAGGGUUUAAUCGGUUAAGCAUCUGUUUUGUAAAUAUUUCAGGCGAGAUUUAAAAGCGUGUGAUAUGUAUGAGUUGUACGAGUGCGAGAGAGAAAGACGGAAGGGACGACGCGAAAGAUAAAAGAAAAGGGGGAGAGUCCAGUGUAGGAAAAAUUGUUUGCGAAAAUAAGUCAAAAUGGCCUCGAAGAAGUAAACGGGCUUGCAGAACGAGUUCGGCCGAGCAUUCAUGUUGGCGCGAUUAUUAAAAGCCAAAUUGAAUCGAUCGGCUUAUCAGUUUGUACUCGUACUGUGUCUCCCUUAAGAUAAAGGUUCCAUUCGACAUUGAUUGCUCGUUUUUUACUGGCAGUUUUUCCUAGCCCAUCCGCACUUGAACUGCACGUUAUCUCUGUAUAGAGUGCGUUUAAAUAAAAUUGCGCAAAUAAGCCCAAUCUGCUGAAUAUCUAUUGAUAUCGAAAGGAGCAUUUAUCACGCAAUAAAUACAAUAAGUUGUGCAGUGUUAUUUGAGAGGUUAAAAAGAUAAAAAUAUUAUCGAAACAAUAAGUCGACGACACGAUUCACGUGUACUUGGUGCAUUGAGAUACGACAUAUACAGACCAUUCGCAGGAGAGACAUGCCAGUCGGUAUUGGGACUUAUGACGUAAUACACAGACAAGGUGUCAAGGAAUUGGAAUAAAUGUUACGAAAUAAUACACUUGGUGAUUCUUCAAUUGUUUUCGUAAGGUUACAUUGAUUGGAUUCUUUUUUCAAAUUACUUAUCUUUGUGUAAUCAUGUUUGUUCCGAUGGUAGACUGUCUUUUUUAUUUAUCCUGCUUCAUUGUGAGUAACAGAAAGUUUAAUCGUAGUCGAGCAGCAUUUUAAUCCGAUUCAGUUGUUCAAUGAAAAUAGUUGUAAACUUUUUUUACACCUCCCUACGGCUGGUCAGCAGAUAUCGUCGAUCGAUACGACGUAUCGUCACGUGCGUAAGCAUCAGUAUAAAAAAAUUCGUAUGGCCUGACUGCUCUGUGAGUAGAAUAGCGAGUGGAGACGGGAUAACAUCUAGAAAAAAGGCCAUCGAUAUCACUUUUUAUCAGUAUUAUAGCUGAUGUCUAUCGGAUUUCCUUUUCAUUCUUUCCUGUAGGAUUUCUUAUAUCUGGAUUUUCUAUUGGUAUCGUCAGUCGGCCAUUUUGACUGGCCCUUCGGGUCACUGAUCCGCUUUCAGUUGAUGGAAAAUAUUUUGCAAAGUUCAUUCACGAUAACCUCACUGCUUCUCGUUUAUCUAUUGUUUUGAUAUCAUUCUUUAUUAUUUGGGUUAAUGAGUGUUCAUAAUAUUACGUAUACCGAAAUAUGUGUCGGGCCUGACGUUAUUCAUUAGACCCCUUUGCAUGCGACGCAUGCGCAGUACGAACUGUCGUAACGGCUUUCCUGCUCGCGGAACGUCAACACACAGUGCGCUCUUCAUUCCGCUAUGUAUUAGACAACAGAUUACGUCAAUCUGAAUCGGUUUACUAUCUUAGUCGGUGCAUUUCUUGUUUAAUAUAACUGUGAAGUUGAUUCAGUUUCCAUUGUUAAUUAUUAAAUGGAAAAGAUCACACGUAGAUAUAUGGCCAGCUGUAAGAAUAUGGACUACUCCAGGUUCACUACGAAAUCUUCGCAAAGACGAAAGCCCAACUUAAUCAGGGAAAUGACCAAGGCCCGUAUCAACAGACCCGAUUCAGUCUUCUUAGCUGGUGGAUUGCCAAACACGGAAACAUUUCCUUUCGCUAAUAUUACUGUUACGUACAAGGAUGGUCAACGAUAUUCUCUUGCUGGUCAGAACCUUGACACAGCUUUACAAUAUGGAGCUUCUCAAGGGUAUCCUCCGCUUUUGCAGAAGAUGAGAGAGUUUCAGAUAAAAUGGCACAAUCCACCAAGGAAUGAUUGGGACUUGGCCUUGACUACUGGAUCACAGGAUGCAUGUUGCAAGGCAUUUGACCUUCUUCUCGAGGAAGGUGAUCCUGUGAUGGUUCAGAGGCCGACUUACGCUGGAAUCAUUGGAGCGCUGAAUCCUUUGGGAGUCGAAGUCGUCAGGAUUGACGAUGAUGCUGAUGGUAUUAUACCAGAGGGGAUUGAAACGAUACUGGAGAACCGUCGUCGGGACGGCCUAGUGCUUCCCAAGGUGCUCUAUGUCAAUCCCACUGGUGCGAAUCCUACAGGGACUGUACUCUCCGAGGAUCGUAGAAAAAGGAUCUACGAGUUGGCGCAACGUUAUGAUUUCCUUAUACUCGAAGACGAUGCCUAUUUCUUUCUUCACUUCCUGGAGAAGCCACCGACAUCCUUCUUCUCUUUGGAUACCGACGGACGUGUCAUAAGAUUCGACUCGUUCAGUAAGAUAAUAAGCGCAGGACUUCGUGUUGGGGUUAUCACAGCUCCUCAGCUUCUUUUACAGAAGAUUGUACUCCACAUUGAAAAUUCUACUCUUCACACUUCGUCCCUCUCUCAGGUUUUGCUUUACAAGCUCUUCGAGAGCUGGAAGCAAGAACAAUUUGAAGAGCACUUUCAAUACAUUCAACAAUUUUAUAAGAAGAAACGUGACAUAAUGCUGGCUGCUGUAGAGAAACAUUUCACAGGUCUGGCAGAGUGGAACGUGCCAAACGGUGGCAUGUUCGUCUGGAUAAAGAUCUUAGGGGUGGAGGACGUCUUCGAUCUCGUGAUGAAGAAACUUAUCCCUAAUGGCGUUUUUGCUCUACCGGGAAACGCAUUCAAUUUCGAUAUAUCGGUAUCUGAUCAGCAUUUACGACUUUGUUAUAGCUAUGCGACGCCGGAUGAAAUCGACAAGGGUCUGAGCAUCAUUGCCAAGCUCAUUCGAGAAGAAACUAAUAAGAAAGAGAAGAGCGACUGCGUAUGACGAAUAGACCUACUUCUUUAACCCGGAUAAACUGAUAAAUUACAGAUACUGCAGGCAAGAAAACUUUAUCAUGGAAGACAAUUGCGUGCAUUUUGCACCCUCAACCGCUUAACCCGAUCCCUUACAUUUUUUCUCUGUCAGCUGUAAUAUUUGUAAUAAUCGUUCACUAUAUAUCUUUCCCUUGAGACUUUUUGCCUCUUAUCCUCAGUCCCCUUCCCGACAUCUAUUCCUAUACUUUUUACCUUUUACCGCCACUUUCUAUAUUAUAAUAGAAUAAUUAGUUUGUAUACGGCAAUACGCGUAGUGCAACAGUAACCGUCAAGUCAUCGCGUAAAUGGACAGUACACAAGGAAUAUAGCAUAUCGGAGACAAGGAUUAUUU